AUGUUAAUUAAAUUAAAAAUCGAUAUGAUAAUAGUACCACAAAAUGAUAAUAGCGAAUUUACUAAAUCAAUAGAUACCAUUGAAAAAGAAGUUAAGAAAUGUGAUUUUUGCAUUAUUUUAAUUACAUAUGAAAAUAGAUUUUUUAAAAAGACUAAUAAUUUUUUUGAGGCCUAUCAAGAAAUGGUACAACCAAAUUUAAGUUUAUUACUUGAAAUGGGUUAUUUAAUUAGUCACUUUGGUAAACAAAAAACAAUUAUAGUCGAGUUUUCACCUAUUGAAAAAGAUCAAAUUAAAAAAACAACUCAAUUCAACAUAGAUCCAACUUUAAUUCAUUAUCAAUCUUUUAAUACAAAUUUAAUAAUUGAUGAAAUUUUAAAAAUGACAAAUAAUAUAAAUUAA